UUAUGUCGUCUUCUUUCGCAGGAUAAUGAGUGACUGGACAUCUGUUAUCACUCAGUAUUAUAGGCAAAAUACACUGAUAGCAAAAUACGUAUCCUGACACAGAGAGUGCAAUUGGAUUAUUCAAAGUUUUUAAACAAACUGGACAUAUUCCUCUGGACUGCAUAGGAAUUCGAUUUGAAGGCGAUGUAGGUACAGGUAAUGAUGUAAGAUUAGUGUGAUAAUUUUCUAGAUUCCACCAGUUGACGAAUUGAAGUAAAAACGCACCCAGCUCAAGAGUUGUCAUGAAUCCUCUUUGCAGUAAUUCAACACCUUCGCUAGCACUUUUAUUAACCUUCCAUUUAUUAAAUAGUUCUCUUAAAGAAGUAGCUUUAAAUGGGUCAGAGUAAGUCAAUGUUGAUGACAGUAAAUGGAAUAACGGAGUCGGACUCUUCAGGUCAUCUAUUAGAUAUCCAAAGGAUGCUGAAUAAUUUUUUAAAUAAAAAUAUUGAACUACUCCAUUACACAGUAAAAAAGCUUCAUCGGACCAUUGAUGGAGCCAUCCAUAUUUAUCUGGAUUACUUGUUACUAAAAAUGAAUAAAAUUUAUUAAAUACUUGCUCUAAAGUCAAUGAGAGUGAUUCCUGGGCAACUAUCUCAAAUAUUGUCGGUUUUACAUAAGUCGUAUGAGUUAAAUAAACACCACGCUCUGCCAU